GCACAGCUCUGAAUAAUGUUACUUGCAUUACUAACUCUGAUAUUCUUCUGUGUGUAGGAAAGACGCUUUUCGUGGCCUGUCUGCAUCCAUUCAAAAGAAGGUCCCCCCUUUUUGCCCCAGAAUUGGCAAUGUUUGGAACGGUAGUGGUUGGGAUUGGAAUUGCUGGAUCUGUACGACUCAGAGACUUGCUGAAUCCUUUGCCUUCCAGUCCUACUGAGCAUCUUAAAUUAUUGGGAUUUGUUUCUAGGAGAUCUCUAGAUGACAUUCACCAAGUAAAGCAAAUUAGUCUGCAAGAAGCUCUGGACAACCAGGAGGUCCAUGCUGCCAUCAUCAGUACGGAUAACCAAAACCACACUGAGAGUGUAAGGAUAUUCCUAGAGGCUGGCAAGCAUGUUCUUGUUGAGUACCCUUUGGCAUUGUCUGCAAAGGCAGCCCAUGAACUCUGGGAGUUGGCAGAGCAGAAAGGUAAGAUCCUCCAUGUGGAACAUAUUGAACUACUGACAGAGGAAUACAGACACCUGAAGAAAGAGGUGUCAGGAAAGGAGCUUGUGAAGGGAACAUUACACUUCACAGGUGGUCCAUUGGAUGAAAGAUACUCAGGAUUCCCAUCUUUUAGCGGCAUUGCCCGCCUCACCUGGUUGGUGGAUCUUUUUGGGGAUCUCACUGUCACUUCUGCCACAAGGGAACAGCAGAAAGAAAAAAACUACUUCAGGAUGACGGUACAUUUUCAGACUGCAGACAAAAGGCCUCUGACUUGGAUUGAAGAAAGGGCUCCAGGGAUGAAGCGGGAUAAGAAGAUCAACUUCUGUUUCAAAAGUGGAUGCUUGGAAUGUCUCCCUGAGGCUCCUCGUUCACCAGUUGGCCUUUUCAUGCAAGACCUGAUCAUCUUUGCCAAAAAACUUUUGGGACAGAUCCCCAAAGAGGAACUGACAGCUGAGAAAAGGCGGGUUCUGCUGUGUCUCAAUCUUGCUGAAGAGAUUCAAAUGCACUGUGAACAGCCAUCAAAAUGCUGCUCUUGAAAGUGUGUGAGACUACAAGAUUCACCAUUUAAAACCGCCCCUUGUACUCCCUUUUUAAAAUGUUCUUCUAAUUUGCCAGUUUCUCCAUUCUGUUAAGCAAGAUUUUUCUAACAGAGCCAGGUUUAAUUUAAUCUGGCAGCACAGGGACUAUAUAGAUACUGUCUUGCCUUAUUGCAAAAUAACUUUCUAAUCAAAAGCUAGUGAACAAACAACUGAAUGCAUUUCUUCUUCUAGAGAGUGUCACUUUUUUCACAGUGUUUAUUCUUGUGGAAGAAAGAGUCUUCCUCAGCAACAAAAUAUAUCUCUGAAACAUUUUAGAUUCUGUAUUUAAGCCUUUCUGUAUAUUCAAUUUAAUGUUUAAACAGACAUCAGUGUGUUGAACAGCUUUAAGUUUAUUUCUGGCCUCUGUUCACUCUAAGUUGCUCUUUAAUCUGAAACCCCCUUCCAGUUGCAUGAAACACUGAAAAUGGUACCCCUAUAUUAUGUUUAUCUCUAAUGUUUAGCUGAAGUCUACAUCCUAGCUUUUACAGGAGGAUAGAAAAUUAUACUGAAAAGGUAGAGACUGAAGGAUGAUUUCUGGAGGGGAAUGCUUUUUUUGGUUUGGCAACUCCUCAUAUACCAUACUGACCUGGUUCAAACAUAAUGUUGUGUGAACCCCUCCAAUUAUGAGUUAGUCAAUAAACAUUAUUUUAAAAUUG